CAUGCGCCAAUCCGUGGCUUGCUGGGAACUGAGGUUCCGGAGGCUUACGCGGUCCCUUUUCCGCCGCCCGCGGACGGACUACAAGCCCCUUGAUGCAUUGCGCGUCGGCGCCCGCGAAGGGAGGGGGGAGAGAAGAGGAGGGAGGGAGGAGGAGGAGGAGGAGGAGGGAGCAGGCGGCCGGCGGCGCGGGGGGAGGGGGCCCGGUCCGGGAGUGCGGGAGGCUGUGGUAGAGGGAGGUGGCGGCAGCGGCUAGCGGACUCGAGUGCCAACCGGGCCGAGGCAGACACCUCUGUGGAGCGAGGCAGUAGGAGCACCGAACACCAGAGGCGGCACCGGGAUCCCCGGCUCUGGGGAGGGGGGUGCCGGACCGGGAGGAGGGGAGGGGGCGAUGCUGGAAGCCAUGGCGGAGCCCAGUCCCGAAGAUCCACCUCCGACCCUUAAGCCAGAGACUCAGCCACCAGAGAAACGUCGGAGAACAAUUGAGGAUUUCAAUAAAUUCUGCAGUUUUGUCUUGGCCUAUGCUGGUUACAUCCCCCCUAGCAAAGAGGAAAGUGACUGGCCAGCUUCCGGCUCCAGCUCUCCAUUGCGAGGUGAGAGUGCAGCAGACAGUGAUGGCUGGGACUCGGCCCCUUCAGAUCUCCGAACCAUCCAAACCUUUGUUAAGAAAGCAAAGUCAUCCAAGAGAAGGGCGGCUCAAGCAGGUCCCACCCAGCCAGGACCCCCAAGGUCCACUUUCUCUCGCCUGCAGGCCCCUGACAGUGCCACCCUGCUUGAGAAGAUGAAGCUCAAGGACUCUCUCUUUGAUCUAGAUGGGCCCAAAAUGGCAUCUCCACUGUCCCCCACAUCCCUGACACAUGCCUCCCGGCCCCCUGCUGCUCUCACCCCAGUGCCCCUUUCCCAGGGGGACCUCUCCCAGCCUCCUCGAAAGAAGGACCGAAAGAACCGAAAAUUGGGGCCAGGAGCAGGUGCUGGCUUUGGGGUGCUUCGGAGGCCUCGGCCAGCCCCUGGGGAUGGGGAAAAGAGGUCUCGAAUCAAGAAGAGCAAGAAGCGGAAGUUGAAAAAAGCAGAGCGGGGGGAUAGACUCCCACCUCCUGGUCCUCCCCGGGCACCCCCUAGUGAUACAGACUCUGAAGAGGAGGAGGAGGAGGAGGAAGAGGAAGAGGAGGAAGAGAUGGCAGCAAUGGUAGGGGGUGAAGCCCCAGCCCCUGUGCUGCCAACACCCCCUGAGGCUCCCAGGCCCCCUGCCACAGUGCACCCUGCAGGAGCCCCUGCCACUGACAGUGAAAGCAAGGAGGUGGGCAGCACUGAAACAAGCCAAGAUGGAGAUGCCAGCUCCAGUGAAGGCGAGAUGCGGGUCAUGGAUGAGGACAUCAUGGUAGAAUCAGGUGAUGACUCAUGGGAUCUGAUCACAUGUUACUGCCGAAAGCCCUUUGCAGGGCGGCCCAUGAUUGAGUGCAGCCUGUGUGGGACGUGGAUCCACCUCUCCUGUGCUAAGAUUAAGAAGACCAAUGUCCCUGACUUCUUUUACUGCCAGAAAUGCAAAGAACUGCGGCCAGAGGCCAGGCGGUUAGGGGGGCCUCCCAAAUCUGGAGAGCCCUGACAUCGCCGGCUCUAGGCUGGAACUUCUAAAUGACAUGACUUGGGAACUGAGCCUCAGGGUCCUCAAGCCUAUCCCCUGGAGCUUGGAUAUUGUCCCACUUCAAGGCAGGAAUUCCUAAGGGAGGCUGGUUUGGAAAUGAGUUUCUCACAUUCCUCCCCUACCCUUCCCACCUUGUGGACUUGAACUUGGACCCCUUACAUUUGGGGGUGGGAAGCUGCCUGGGUCCCUAGACACUUAAUCUCUGUCCCUUGGGCCUGCCACCUCUCACUUUCUGGGCCAGGGUUGGAAUUGGGAUGGAAUGGGACAGUUGUCUAUAAAACUCUAGUGUAAAUAUAGCACUCCCGUCCCUCAUCUUUUCUUCUGUCUCACUCCCCAUUUCUUCUAUACCGGUUGUAUUUUUAAUUUUGGACUUCCCCUUUUGGGCAUGGCAGCUCAGAGGUGGAGUACCAACCAGAGCCUGGCCCGGCAGGAGGGAAAACAGAAGGGUGACGAUUCUCUCACUCACCUCUUUUGUUUUUAAUAAUAUUGGCCAGCUGUUUGUACAGACAGCCUGCGUGUUGUAAAUAAAGCAGAGUGGGCUCUUUUGUGUUUAUA